AUGGAGAAGCGCGCACGAGAACAACGAGCACCACGAGAACAACGAGCAGCACGAGAACGACGAGCACCACGAGAACAACGAGCAGCACGAGAACAACGAGCAGCACGAGAACAACGAGCACCACGAGAACAACGAGCACCACGAGAACAACGAGCAGCACGAGAACAACGAGCACCACGAGAACAACGAGCAGCACGAGAACGACGAGCAGCACGAGAACAACGAGCAGCACGAGAACAACGAGCAGCACGAGAACAACGAGCAGCACGAGAACAACGAGCAGCACGAGAACAACGAGCAGCACGAGAACAACGAGCAGCACGAGAACAACGAGCAGCACGAGAACAACGAGCAGCACGAGAACGACGAGCAGCACGAGAACAACGAGCAGCACGAGAACAACGAGCAGCACGAGAACAACGAGCACCACGAGAACAACGAGCAGCACGAGAACAACGAGCAGCACGAGAACAACGAGCACCACGAGAACAACGAGCAGCACGAGAACAACGAGCAGCACGAGAACAACGAGCAGCACGAGAACAACGAGCAGCACGAGAACGAGCACACGAGAACAACGAGCAGCACGAGAACAACGAGCACCACGAGAACAACGAGCAGCACGAGAACGACGAGCACCACGAGAACAACGAGCAGCACGAGAACAACGAGCAGCACGAGAACAACGAGCAGCACGAGAACAACGAGCACCACGAGAACAACGAGCAGCACGAGAACAACGAGCACCACGAGAACAACGAGCAGCACGAGAACGACGAGCACCACGAGAACAACGAGCAGCACGAGAACAACGAGCAGCAAGAGAACAACGAGCACCACGAGAACAACGAGCAGCACGAGAACAACGAGCAGCACGAAAACAACGAGCAGCACGAGAACAACGAGCAGCACGAGAACAACGAGCAGCACGAGAACAACGAGCAGCACGAGAACGACGAGCACCACGAGAACAACGAGCAGCACGAGAACAACGAGCAGCACGAGAACAACGAGCAGCACGAGAACAACGAGCACCACGAGAACAACGAGCAGCACGAGAACAACGAGCAGCACGAGAACAACGAGCACCACGAGAACAACGAGCAGCACGAGAACAACGAGCACCACGAGAACAACGAGCAGCACGAGAACGACGAGCACCACGAGAACAACGAGCAGCACGAGAACAACGAGCAGCACGAGAACAACGAGCACCACGAGAACAACGAGCAGCACGAGAACAACGAGCAGCACGAGAACAACGAGCAGCACGAGAACAACGAGCAGCACGAGAACAACGAGCACCACGAGAACAACGAGCAGCACGAGAACAACGAGCACCACGAGAACAACGAGCAGCACGAGAACGACGAGCACCACGAGAACAACGAGCAGCACGAGAACAACGAGCAGCACGAGAACAACGAGCACCACGAGAACAACGAGCACCACGAGAACAACAAGCAGCACGAGAACAACGAGCACCACGAGAACAACGAGCACCACGAGAACAACGAGCAGCACGAGAACGACGAGCACCACGAGAACAACGAGCAGCACGAGAACAACGAGCAGCACGAGAACAACGAGCAGCACGAGAACAACGAGCACCACGAGAACAACGAGCAGCACGAGAACAACGAGCACCACGAGAACAACGAGCAGCACGAGAACGACGAGCACCACGAGAACAACGAGCAGCACGAGAACAACGAGCAGCACGAGAACAACGAGCACCACGAGAACAACGAGCACCACGAGAACAACGAGCAGCACGAGAACAACGAGCACCACGAGAACAACGAGCAGCACGAGAACGACGAGCAGCACGAGAACAACGAGCAGCACGAGAACAACGAGCAGCACGAGAACAACGAGCAGCACGAGAACAACGAGCAGCACGAGAACAACGAGCAGCACGAGAACAACGAGCAGCACGAGAACAACGAGCAGCACGAGAACAACGAGCAGCACGAGAACGACGAGCAGCACGAGAACAACGAGCAGCACGAGAACAACGAGCAGCACGAGAACAACGAGCACCACGAGAACAACGAGCAGCACGAGAACAACGAGCAGCACGAGAACAACGAGCACCACGAGAACAACGAGCAGCACGAGAACAACGAGCAGCACGAGAACAACGAGCAGCACGAGAACAACGAGCAGCACGAGAACAACGAGCACCACGAGAACAACGAGCAGCACGAGAACAACGAGCACCACGAGAACAACGAGCAGCACGAGAACGACGAGCACCACGAGAACAACGAGCAGCACGAGAACAACGAGCAGCACGAGAACAACGAGCAGCACGAGAACAACGAGCACCACGAGAACAACGAGCAGCACGAGAACAACGAGCACCACGAGAACAACGAGCAGCACGAGAACGACGAGCACCACGAGAACAACGAGCAGCACGAGAACAACGAGCAGCACGAGAACAACGAGCACCACGAGAACAACGAGCAGCACGAGAACAACGAGCAGCACGAAAACAACGAGCAGCACGAGAACAACGAGCAGCACGAGAACAACGAGCAGCACGAGAACACGAGCAGCACGAGAACGACGAGCACCACGAGAACAACGAGCAGCACGAGAACAACGAGCAGCACGAGAACAACGAGCAGCACGAGAACAACGAGCACCACGAGAACAACGAGCAGCACGAGAACAACGAGCAGCACGAGAACAACGAGCACCACGAGAACAACGAGCAGCACGAGAACAACGAGCACCACGAGAACAACGAGCAGCACGAGAACGACGAGCACCACGAGAACAACGAGCAGCACGAGAACAACGAGCAGCACGAGAACAACGAGCACCACGAGAACGACGAGCAGCACGAGAACAACGAGCAGCACGAGAACAACGAGCAGCACGAGAACAACGAGCAGCACGAGAACAACGAGCACCACGAGAACAACGAGCAGCACGAGAACGACGAGCACCACGAGAACAACGAGCAGCACGAGAACAACGAGCAGCACGAGAACAACGAGCAGCACGAGAACAACGAGCAGCACGAGAACAACGAGCAGCACGAGAACAACGAGCACCACGAGAACAACGAGCAGCACGAGAACGACGAGCAGCACGAGAACAACGAGCAGCACGAGAACAACGAGCAGCACGAGAACAACGAGCAGCACGAGAACAACGAGCAGCACGAGAACAACGAGCAGCACGAGAACAACGAGCAGCACGAGAACAACGAGCAGCACGAGAACAACGAGCAGCACGAGAACAACGAGCAGCACGAGAACAACGAGCAGCACGAGAACGACGAGCAGCACGAGAACAACGAGCAGCACGAGAACAACGAGCAGCACGAGAACAACGAGCAGCACGAGAACAACGAGCAGCACGAGAACAACGAGCAGCACGAGAACAACGAGCAGCACGAGAACAACGAGCAGCACGAGAACGACGAGCAGCACGAGAACAACGAGCAGCACGAGAACAACGAGCAGCACGAGAACAACGAGCAGCACGAGAACAACGAGCAGCACGAGAACAACGAGCAGCACGAGAACAACGAGCAGCACGAGAACAACGAGCAGCACGAGAACAACGAGCAGCACGAGAACAACGAGCAGCACGAGAACAACGAGCAGCACGAGAACGACGAGCAGCACGAGAACAACGAGCACCACGAGAACAACGAGCAGCACGAGAACGACGAGCACCACGAGAACAACGAGCAGCACGAGAACAACGAGCAGCACGAGAACAACGAGCAGCACGAGAGCAACGAGCAGCACGAGAGCAACGAGCAGCACGAGAACAACGAGCAGCACGAGAACAACGAGCAGCACGAGAUCAACGAGCAGCACGAGAACAACGAGCAGCACGAGAACGACGAGCAGCACGAGAACGACGAGCAGCACGAGAACAACGAGCAGCACGAGAGCAACGAGCAGCACGAGAGCAACGAGCAGCACGAGAACAACGAGCAGCACGAGAACAACGAGCAGCACGAGAACAACGAGCAGCACGAGAACAACGAGCAGCACGAGAACAACGAGCAGCACGAGACCGAGCAGCACGAGAACAACGAGCAGCACGAGAACAACGAGCAGCACGAGAACAACGAGCAGCACGAGAACAACGAGCAGCACGAGAACAACGAGCAGCACGAGAACAACGAGCAGCACGAGAACAACGAGCAGCACGAGAACAACGAGCAGCACGAGAACAACGAGCAGCACGAGAACAACGAGCAGCACGAGAACAACGAGCAGCACGAGAACAACGAGCAGCACGAGAACAACGAGCACCACGAGAACAACGAGCAGCACGAGAACGACGAGCAGCACGAGAACGACGAGCAGCACGAGAACAACGAGCAGCACGAGAACAACGAGCAGCACGAGAACAACGAGCAGCACGAGAACAACGAGCAGCACGAGAACAACGAGCACCACGAGAACAACGAGCAGCACGAGAACAACGAGCAGCACGAGAACAACGAGCACCACGAGAACAACGAGCAGCACGAGAACAACGAGCAGCACGAGAACAACGAGCAGCACGAGAACAACGAGCAGCACGAGAACAACGAGCACCACGAGAACAACGAGCAGCACGAGAACAACGAGCAGCACGAGAACAACGAGCAGCACGAGAACGACGAGCACCACGAGAACAACGAGCAGCACGAGAACAACGAGCAGCACGAGAACAACGAGCAGCACGAGAACAACGAGCAGCACGAGAACAACGAGCAGCACGAGAACAACGAGCAGCACGAGAACAACGAGCAGCACGAGAACGACGAGCAGCACGAGAACAACGAGCAGCACGAGAACAAACGAGCAGCACGAGAACAACGAGCAGCACGAGAACAACGAGCAGCACGAGAACAACGAGCAGCACGAGAACAACGAGCAGCACGAGACCAACGAGCAGCACGAGAACAACGAGCAGCACGAGAACAACGAGCAACACGAGAACAACGAGCAGCACGAGAACAACGAGCAGCACGAGAGCAACGAGCAGCACGAGAGCAACGAGCAGCACGAGAACAACGAGCAGCACGAGAACCACGAGCAGCACGAGAACAACGAGCAGCACGAGAACAACGAGCAGCACGAGAACAACGAGCAGCACGAGAACAACGAGCAGGACGAGAACCACGAGCAGCACGAGAACGACGAGCAGCACGAGAACGACGAGCAGCACGAGAACAACGAGCAGCACGAGAACAACGAGCAGCACGAGAACAACGAGCAGCACGAGAACAACGAGCAGCACGAGAACAACGAGCAGCACGAGAACAACGAGCAGCACGAGAGCAACGAGCAGCACGAGAGCAACGAGCAGCACGAGAGCAACGAGCAGCACGAGAGCAACGAGCAGCACGAGAACAACGAGCAGCACGAGAACAACGAGCAGCACGAGAACAACGAGCAGCACGAGAACAACGAGCAGCACGAGAACAACGAGCAGCACGAGAACAACGAGCAGCACGAGAACAACGAGCAGCACGAGAACAACGAGCAGCACGAGAACAACGAGCAGCACGAGCAGCACGAGAACGACGAGCAGCACGAGAACAACGAGCAGCACGAGAACGACGAGCAGCACGAGAACGACGAGCAGGAGGAGAACGACGAGCAGGAGGAGAACGACGAGCAGCACGAGAACGACGAGCAGGACGAGAAAGACGAGCAGCACGAGAACGACGAGCAGCACGAGAACGACGAGCAGCACGAGAACAACGAGCAGCACGAGAACAACGAGCAGCACAAGAACAACGAGCAGCACGAGAACAACGAGCAGCACGAGAACAACGAGCAGCACGAGAACAACGAGCAGCACGAGAACAACGAGCAGCACGAGAACAACGAGCAGCACGAGAACAACGAGCAGCACGAGAACAACGAGCAGCACGAGAACAACGAGCAGCACGAGAACAACGAGCAGCACGAGAACAACGAGCAGCACGAGAACAACGAGCAGCACGAGAACAACGAGCAGCACGAGAACAACGAGCAGCACGAGAACAACGAGCAGCACGAGAGCAACGAGCAGCACGAGAGCAACGAGCAGCACGAGAGCAACGAGCAGCACGAGAACAAAGAGCAGCACGAGAACAACGAGCAGCACGAGAACAACGAGCAGCACGAGAACAACGAGCAGCACGAGAACAACGAGCAGCACGAGAACAACGAGCAGCACGAGAACAACGAGCAGCACGAGAACAACGAGCAGCACGAGAACGACGAGCAGCACGAGAACGACGAGCAGCACGAGAACGACGAGCAGCACGAGAACGACGAGCAGCACGAGAACGACGAGCAGGACGAGAACGACGAGCAGGACGAGAACAACGAGCAGCACGAGAACAACGAGCAGCACGAGAACAACGAGCAGCACGAGAACAACGAGCAGCACGAGAACAACGAGCAGCACGAGAACAACGAGCAGCACGAGAACAACGAGCAGCACGAGAACAACGAGCAGCACGAGAACAACGAGCAGCACGAGAACGACGAGCAGCACGAGAACGACGAGCAGCACGAGAACGACGAGCAGCACGAGAACGACGAGCAGCACGAGAACGACGAGCAGGACGAGAACGACGAGCAGGACGAGAACAACGAGCAGCACGAGAACAACGAGCAGCACGAGAACGACGAGCAGCACGAGAACGACGAGCAGCACGAGAACGACGAGCAGCACGAGAACGACGAGCAGGACGAGAACGACGAGCAGGACGAGAACGACGAGCAGGACGAGAACGACGAGCAGGACGAGAAAGACGAGCAGCACGAGAACGACGAGCAGCACGAGAACGACGAGCAGCACGAGAACAACGAGCAGCACGAGAACAACGAGCAGCACGAGAACAACGAGCAGCACGAGAACAACGAGCAGCACGAGAACAACGAGCAGCACGAGAACAACGAGCAGCACGAGAACAACGAGCAGCACGAGAACAACGAGCAGCACGAGAACAACGAGCAGCACGAGAACAACGAGCAGCAAGAGAACAACGAGCAGCACGAGAACAACGAGCAGCACGAGAACAACGAGCAGCACGAGAACGACGAGCAGCACGAGAACGACGAGCAGGACGAGAACGACGAGCAGCACGAGAACGACGAGCAGCACGAGAACGACGAGCAGCACGAGAACGACGAGCAGCACGAGAACGACGAGCAGCACGAGAACGACAAGCAGCACGAGAACAACGAGCAGCACGAGAACAACGAGCAGCACGAGAACAACGAGCAGCACGAGAGCAACGAGCAGCACGAGAGCAACGAGCAGCACAAGAGCAACAAGCAGCACGAGAGCAACGAGACGAGAACGACGAGCAGGACGAGAACGACGAGCAUGACGAGAACGACGAGCAGGACGAGAACGACGAGCAGGACGAGAACGACGAGCAGGACGAGAACGACGAGCAGCACGAGAACGACGAGCAGGACGAGAACGACGAGCAGGACGAGAACAACGAGCAGCACGAGAACGACGAGCAGCACGAGAACGACGAGCAGCACGAGAACGACGAGCAGCACGAGAACGACGAGCAGCACGAGAACGACGAGCAGCACAAGAACGACGAGCAGCACGAGAACGACGAGCAGCACGAGAACGACGAGCAGCACGAGAGCAACGAGCAGCACGAGAGCAACGAGCAGCACGAGAACAACGAGCAGCACGAGAACAACGAGCAGCACGAGAGCAACGAGCAGCACGAGAGCAACGAGCAGCACGAGAGCAACGAGCAGCACGAGAGCAACGAGCAGCACGAGAACAACGAGCAGCACGAGAACAACGAGCAGCACGAGAACAACGAGCAGCACGAGAACAACGAGCAGCACGAGAACAACGAGCAGCACGAGAACGAGCAGCACGAGAACAACGAGCAGCACGAGAACAACGAGCAGCACGAGAACAACGAGCUAG